AUGCUAAGAAUAUUGUUGUUGCUGGUUUGCAGCCUUUUAAUUGGUAUCAAGUGCAACUAUUUUGGGGAUCUUUUCAAGUGCAAUGAUGAGCUGCUUAAAUGUCAAGAAUCUGAAGUCAGAUUGGGAAAGUUUAAUGAAAUUACCGAUGGUUACAAUGGAAAUUGUAGCCGAGAAAUUGGUGCCAAGUGGAGUAAUAUUACGAGUUGUGAACUGGAAGCUAUUAUAUGUUUAAUAAACCAGAUGAAAGGCUUGAAAGUAAACUGUGAAAAUAUUGCCGAUGUUAUGCAUUUGUGA